UAUCCAUUUCCAACUCCUUUCUCACAAAAAUAAAAAUAAAUAUAAAAUAAAUCGCCGAAAAACCCACCUCACACACUCGUCCCUUCUUUCUCUCUCCUCUUCCCGAACAACAACCCCUGCUUCCUCCGCGUGUGGCUUCAACUUUCUCCCUCCUCGCUUUAUCGCCACCUACUCAGUCACCAAACCCCUCGCCGGAAUCCUUUCUCUCUCCUCUUGCUCCGGCUAAUUUCCUAAAUUGAUUUUGAUAUUAUUUUCGAAAAAACCCUAGCUUAUAGCUUAGUUUUUCAAGUUCAUGCUGUUGAAUCCACAAAUUCGAUUAGUUUCAGCAGUAACUUUGUUGUUGUUAAUUUUUUAAUCGUUCUAUUCUUCUUCUUCCUAUGGAUCGGAUCGUAGGACACAAGUAUAAGCUCGGUCGUAAGAUCGGCAGUGGUUCCUUCGGUGAAAUCUUCGUCGCUACUCAUAUUGAUACCUUCGAGAUUGUUGCUGUGAAGCUCGAAAAUACCAAGACAAAGCACCCACAAUUACUGUAUGAGGCGAAGGUAUACAACAUUCUUCAAGGAGGAAGUGGAAUUCCGAGGGUGAAGUGGUCCGGGGUGGAUGCAGAAGAUAAUAUCCUCAUUAUUGACUUGUUGGGGCCUAGUCUCGAGGAUCUCUUUGUAUACUGCGGGAGAAAGUUUUCGUUGAAGACAACCCUAAUGUUGGCUGAUCAAAUGAUUACAAGAAUAGAAUAUGUUCAUUCGAAAGGCUUUUUACAUCGAGAUAUUAAACCUGAUAACUUCCUCAUGGGUCUUGGUCGAAAAGCUAAUCAGGUUUACAUUAUCGAUUUCGGACUUGCAAAAAGAUAUCGCGAAUCAACCACAAAUCGACAUAUUCCAUACAGGGAGAACAAGAAUCUGACAGGGACUGCACGCUAUGCUAGUUGCAACACUCAUCUUGGCAUCGAGCAAAGCCGGCGUGAUGAUUUGGAGUCACUUGGAUAUGUUCUCCUUUAUUUUUUGAGAGGAAGCCUACCCUGGCAAGGUCUUAAAGCCGCUACCAAGAAGCAAAAAUAUGACAAAAUAUGUGAGAAGAAGUUAGCUACUCCAAUCGAGGUCUUAUGCAAAUCACAUCCUGUUGAGUUCGCCUCAUACUUGCAUUAUUGCCACUCAUUGACAUUUGAUCAGCGGCCUGAUUAUGGAUUCUUGAAGCGCUUGUUCCGUGAACUAUUUGCCCGUGAAGGAUAUGCUUUUGAUUACAUCUUUGAUUGGACCAUUAUGAAGUACCAGCAAGUACAAAAGAGUAGAAAUCAGUCAUCGCCAGCUCCAGGAGGAAGUAGCAGUCAAGCAGUGCCAAUGGAUAUGGACAAGAAUCAAGGGGGGCAAUAUGCCAUUAACGCUCAUGGUGUCGCUGACCGCAUCAGAGCGGUGAAUGCAGCUUCUGAUGCGCGCAUGAAUUCUAGUUUAGCCGUUGAGAAAAACCGGUCUUCUGAAAGCAUGGCAUACAGAGAUUUACCAUCAACUUCAUUCCCUUCGCGUGAGGUCUUGAGAAAAGACGUUGAAGAGCGUGUUAGACGCGCUGAAGCUACAAACUCGAAUCAAGAUGGUAGUAAAACUGGUCCUUCAAGCAGAUGGAUUUCUCCCCUGAUGCGGAUUUCCUCUUCAAAGUGAUCGAAGGUGGUAGUAUUACUUCUGGAUUGCUGAAUCUGUUAUUUGCAGUGUAUUGACAAAUGUUAUAAGGACUGCCCAUCCUCUUUCUAGGUGAAGAUUAUGCUGAAUGAUCUCUUGUUGCACAUUUAAGGGCACCUGUUGCACUUUGGAUUUGCCGCUACCAUUGUCAUUUGAGCUAUUACCAUGCGGAUAUCCUCAUAAGUGACGGCAAUUUUAUUUGGAUUUACAGCGUAUAACCUAAAAAAGCUUGGUGCAACUGGUGUGCUGAUGCCAUGAAUGUCACACACCACUCUUGUAUUUACAAUCCUGUGUAAAAUGACAACUUGUGGCAUAUUCAUCCAUAUGUGUUCCAUAAAGGUUGCAGAAUCUUCUCUGCCACACUGUUGUCAUCAACAGUGUUCAUCUAUUUGGUUGGUUUUGUGAGUUGCAUUUUGUACUUUUAUGAGAAUCAGGUGUAUGUGACAGUAGCAACAUACAUUAGCUGAUUAGCUUGACUAUUAAUUACUCUCUUCUGAUCUGAAUAAAAAAGUUUGGUGGUGUUUCUUGUACCUCUUCACUAUUGCUACUCCAUGAAGAAGCAUCAGAGUUUUUUUUUUUUUUUUUAAUGUUCUUCAUAUCUCACAUGCAUUGCUCUAUUGAGACUCUAACUUAACUUACAAAUUAGUAUUGUUAUGUUUUGAAGUUGCUUUUUUGUAAUCACUGGCAGAAUGAACUAAUAAAUCCUAUUUUCACAGAAGAUUUCCAAAUUGUUUUUGACAUUUCUUCUCUUAAAAUUUACUUCAAAGCAUACUAUGAUUACUAUCUAAACUUCCUAGAUUUUGUAUAUGUGCUGUACAAGCUCUAUACAUAAUGUUUUCUGGUUUAUUGUCAACAUCUGCAAUUAUAUACUUUAGCUGUUAUCUUCAUUUUUCACUGUUAAUAUUUUGAAGUUUCGAUGUCAGUUUUAUUCAAAACUUUUGAACUUCAGCAAAUAUUCUGCAACAUACUUUCACUUAAGCAUUCUGUUAUUUGACUUCAUUCUGCAUAUCUAUUGUCUGGUAUGUACUGACUACUGAGUUCCGCGGUAGUUUUUGGAAUCACUCUGCAGUAUAAGGUCUCUUCUCUCCUUAUUUUUUUAGCAUUACGUGUGCUUCCUGUCCCUCUUCCAUUUCUUCCCUAAAGUUAAGUUUUUCACAAUUUGUCUUGUUUUUUCUCUUUUUUAAGCUAGCAUGCUUUAGUACAUAUAUGUUUCAGUGUCAUAAACAUUCUUUUUACUAACUGUUCAUCAUUCUUCAUUUUGUAUCAGCUUUUAAAGAAUACUUACCCCUUUUGGUAAUCUUUCAUGUCCAAAAGUGAAAUCACGUCUUUUAUUGUAUCUUUUCUUCAUAUGGGUCUUUAUGUCUACCAAAUCUCUUUAAUUUACUUUUAUUCUUUUUUGUUUUGAAAACUUUGUCGAAGGAGCAUGCUGCAUAUUGAUGAUACCUGCCAUACAGUCUCCAUCGUUAUUCAAUCCUUUGAGUUAACGCUUUAUGCUCUGCAGGAAAUUCCAGAAGAAUGAAAUGGAAGGCCCUUGGUGUUCCGAGGAUUUCUCAACACGCCUCUGCUUGUGAUUGCAGAAGUCAAGGAUGUGAUCUGCCGGUCUCGUCUUUUGAAAGUUGUUAUUUUAUACUAUUUAGCUCCCAAGCCAGAUGCUGAUGGUGAACUUUCAAAGCUCUAGCAUUGAUCUCAAGUGUUAGGUGAACAAUGAACUACUUCCCAUUGUAGUUUAGGGAGGUGAUUAUUUCUUAUAAACUGCCACAUACGGUGGAUCCGUGGGGGUGAAACUCGAGGUCGGUUCUGAUAACAGUUUCAAAGAGGUUCUGAUAACAGUUCCAAAGAGGUUACUGUUGUUUUCUAUUGAAACCAUAAUUGUAGGGUGUAUCGUAAUUUGAGCAUUGUUCAUUUACGUUUUGCAUGUCUUCUGCAAGGCUGCUCGAGUUUACUUGUUCGAAGUUGCAGUUUUAAGCUAGCUGCAUUCUUUCUAUUUGUUGUUCGCCUUAUUCUGGGGUUAUUGAUGUGGUGAAUGCUUCUGAUUGCCUUCAUCUGAUUCCAGAGUUAAUGCUGUCAUUGGGAAUGGUAUACUUAAGCAUCCAGACAUGCUUGCGUGCACUUAACGCACACCUUUCAACACACAUGGAAUGGAGUAAUUGUUUUGGUUUUGGCCUAAACACCAGCUAAAUUUAGUUGAUGGGUGUUUUAAGCUGGAAUUACUUGAUAUUGGAGUGAGUUCAGCCACUUUGCAAGGUAUUGUGAAUUGGUGAUGUUUGCAAAAUUUGCAGAAGACUUGAAGCGAAAAGAUCUAUGGUUUUAGCAAAUGGACGUGCUACAGUAAGUGAUCAAGUCUACCAUGUCAUUAUAUUUCCCCAGCAAAUGAAACUGGUGUCAUAUUCUAAUCAAGUCUAUUCCAAUCAAAUUGUCCCAUAAAUCAAGUUUUUUACAAGGAAUUUUGUGACGAUAGUCGGGAAUCAGAGUGGAGAUUUCAAUACCAUUGCAACCAGGAGAAAGUCAGGGGCACUUGAUUAUUAUCUUAAUGAACCAGUCAUUUUGUUCUCGAUUUUGGCCAUCAGUGGUCUCUAUUUUUGUCUUGGUGUGAUGAAUAUAGUCAACUGUCAGUGCUCCUUGCCUGCAGGCUCGCGUAUGGCUCUUUUACGCUCAACUUUUUUUUAUUGACCCGGAUCCUGCCAUGAAGAAGGGAACAAAGUAUGAGACAUAAUGUAAGAGCAACUGCGAGGGCUUUAUUUUUGUUUUUGUUCUGCUCACUUGUCAAUUGUAAAGAGAUCGACAUUGCAACUACGCAAAACCUUCUUAAACGGUCGGUUGAUGUGAGAUUUAACCUUUAGGGUAAAGAAAAAAAGGGUUUUGUUUAUGAA